AUGACUUUCAGGUUUCCAGUCAAGACCAAGCUUCCCCCUGGGUUUUUGAACGCCAGGGUGAUCAGAGACAACUUCAAGAGACAGCAGUUUGCUGAACAUGAGAUAACAGCUAAGGCUCUCAAAUAUAUUGCUAGAAACACUACAUUGCCACCUAGGGCAAGACUUGAGGCUCAGUUACAGUUGAGUUCCAUGCCGAACUACACCAGACUAACACAAGUGAAGAACCGUUGCAUUGAGAGUGGUCACGCUAGAGCUGUGCUCAGCGACUUCAGGUUGUGUAGAUACCAGUUCAGAGAGAGAGCAUUGAAAGGUGAGUUACCGGGUGUCAAGAAAGGUGUUUGGUGA